AAGAUUUAAGUUUAAUAGACAAAAUGUUAACUAUUCGUCCAAUUUCGUCUGAUCUGGCUGAUGUUGCUAAAACAGAAUUAAAUGAAGAUCCGUAUCAAUUGAAAAGUCAGCUAGAAGUUUUGAAUAGCUGGUUGAAUGAAUGCGCCAUGCUGUGUGGCACUUUGAACGAUCAGAUUCUGCUAUCGUUUCUACGCGGGUGUAAAUUUAGUUUAGUGAAAACAAAAGAGAAACUAUCCCUAUUCUACCGGAUCAGAACAAUACUUCGACAGGUAGUACAGAAUCGGGAUCCAUUUGAUAAACAUGUACUACAAGUUAUAAAGUUGGGAGUUGGGAUUCCUUUGCCCGAAACGGCCAGCCCAAUAGAUCCAAGAAUUUUUAUAAUUCGCGUCGCCCAAUUUGAUUUGGAGAAAUGCUCCUUUGCCGAUGUGAUAAAGAUCGGAACAAUGAUCAACGACAUUAUGAUGCGAGAUGACGAUCAGGUGGUAAUAUGUGGAAUGUGCUUGAUAAUAGACCUGGCAAGAGUAACGGCCGCUCAUCUGUUUCAAUUCGAAAUGGAAUUUUUGAGGCAGGUAGCCAUUUUAUAUCAAGACGCAAGUCCUUUCAGGAUGCGGGGGAUCCAUAUUCUUAAUCCACCUCCGGGACUGCACACAGUGAUGGCAAUUUUCAACAGCUUACUUUCACAAAAGAAUCAGGACAAGAGAAUAUUCGUUCAUGGUUCUAGUUUGAGCUCGCUUCACAAGCAUUUCCCUAGAGAAAUUUUGCCCACGGAGUACGACGGACUGCUUGGACCUAUUCAAACAUGUUUGGAUUUUUGGGAGAUGAAACUCAGAAACAACCGAGAUUAUUUACUUGAGAUGGCCGAAUUGCGGGAUAGUCAAGCCGAGGAAGCGCAAAGAAUACAAUUGCCGCUGAAACAGUCGGUAUCUUUUAGAGAAAAUGAUUUUUUCGGCAUUGACGGUUCAUUUAGAAAGUUGGAGCUGGAUUGA